AUGAAAAGAACAAGGAUAGUGCGCUUAUUGUGCAUUUUUCUGAUUAUCUUGAUUUUACAUUUGAUUUGCAAAAGACGCUUCCUGAAGAAUAUUGAGUCGUGUUAUGAAACUGUGCAUGUAUUCUCUGCAGUAGCACAAGCAAAGACAAAACUUAGUUUUAUAGAAAAUAUUGUUCUUAACGUUCUAGACGGCUCUAAAUAUUCCAAUUGCGACUGUUGUAUAUAUGGAUAUCAUGGGACACCUAUUCAUCGUGUCAAUGCCGUCGUGAAAGAGACCUACACUCAUAACAGUAAAAUGGCUGACUUGAUAGCGAGACAAUUUCAAUGUUCUGUACAAAAUAUUGGUUUUAGAAUGGUAAAUAUACAAUUAGUAGGAAAAACAGAAUCAUGUAGUAUUUCUUACAAUCUUCAUCCUGUGUUAUAUCCAGAGAUAAAAGAAAAUGGAUUCGGCAUAUGUGCAAAAAUAGCCUACAAUUAUCUAAAUCCAUUACACCUUAUUGAGUGGUUCGAAUAUCAAAAAAUGAUGGGUGUAGAUAUGGUUCUUAUAUCUCUACAAUCCUUAAAUAAAGAUGCUUAUAAAGUGUUGAGAUAUUAUGAAAGAGAAGGGAUUACAACACUCAUUUCUUUUCCAAAUGACAUGCCCGGGAAAUUAGAUAGAGGAUUUACAUUGCAACACUGGCAUUACCAUCAAAGUUCUCACGAUGAACAGGUGGCAGUUUAUUCAUGUAAAGAAUUCUUACAGGGAUUCGCUUUUGUGUCGAUCAUAGAUUUUGACGAAAUCAUCGUUAACGAUAGAUUUUCAGAAUACACAAAAUUACUUAUGUCAGAGAUCUUACCGUCUUAUCCAGAUGCUGCUGCUUUCACCCUGAAUGUUUCAUUCUUUAUAACGGACUGGGGAGUGUCAGGAGUAGAACCUUUGAUAACCAGUAAAUACAUAAGAAGAACAUAUCCUCUUGCUUAUCGAUAUAAAAAUAUUUAUUUGCCAAACAGAACAGAAACAAUUGAUACUCAUCGAAUAUGGUCAAAGGAUGGCUACAGAAGGAUCUCACUACGAUCUCACAAUGUUAUCCUUCAUCACUACAGAGAUUGCAACAAAUUAGAUAUGUUUCCUGGUGACUGCAUGACAUUUCCAAAAUAUAAAGAUACUAAAAUGAUAAAAAUAAUGACAAAAUUAUAUGACAGAGUAGUUGCUUCUAAAAAAAGAUGCAAAAUAUAAUUUUUCUUUAUUAGUUCAAAUAAAUAUUGAGUUCAUCCGAAUCGACAA